AGUAAUCGGACAAUAAAGAGAAGAAAAGAAACGGAUAGCUAAGAAAAGGAGUGAGAAGAAGAAAUGAUAACAAGCUGUGUUGGUUUGGCACCAUCACCACCACCACCGUCGUCAAUCUGUUGCGGCGAGACUAACCUACUGCGCCGGCACCGGCAUCGGCAUCAUCAAUCUUCAUCUUCACUUUCGUUUUCACGUUCAUUUCCUUCUUUACCAAUCUCAACAACCACUCUCUCUCCCAUAAACCAUACCAAUCCCAAAGGUUCUAUCAUUCGAUCUGCUUGGACCCGAAGAUCUCGAGGUGAAGCUGAAAAGAGACCCAACAGGAAAUCAUGGAAGCGGAGAACAGAUAUGUACAUGAGACCAUUCUUAUUAGACAUUUUCUUUUCAAAGAAAUUCAUUCACGCCAAAUUGACGCACCGAGGAACAAGUAAAGUAAUAUGUGCUGCUACCACAAAUGCCAAGGAUCUUCGAAACUCUCUUCCGUCAUUGAUAGAUCCCGAUGCUUGUAGAAUAAUUGGAAAGCUUAUAGCAGAGCGAUCAAAGGAAGCUGAUGUAUAUGCUAUGGCAUACGAACCGAGAAAGAAUGAAAGGAUUGAAGGUAGACUAGGAAUCAUCCUUGAUACAGUUAAAGAAAAUGGGAUUAUCUUUAUUUGAGCUCAUCCCUAUUAACUUAUGUUGUUAUAGAUAUAGACUUAUUGUAUGUGUUCUUACAAAUUUUAUUUAGUUGUUUUUGCA